GCAAAAUACAAACACUCACAUAUUCAUUAAUUCUUAGUUUUUCAAAGAAGUCAACAACCGAUACCAUUAGCCAAUCGAAAAUGGUGUUCGCCUACAAUAUCGAUAAGAAGACCAUUCCCAACUUUAUGAAAUAUGUGCUGGGUGGUACCGCCGGCAUGAUGGCUACUGUAAUCGUGCAGCCCUUGGACCUGGUCAAGACCCGCAUGCAGAUAGCGGCGGGAGCAGCGGGAGCCAAGGAAUAUAGCAGCUCCUUCGAUUGCAUACGGAAAGUGCUCCAGGCGGAAGGGGUUUUGGCCUUCUACAAUGGCCUCAGUGCCGGAUUGCUGCGUCAGGCGACGUAUACCACAGCUCGCAUGGGUGUCUAUCAGAUGGAGGUGGAGGCCUAUAGGAACAAGUACAAUGAGUCGCCUAGAGUGCUGGGUAGCAUGAUAAUGGGUAUUAUUGCCGGAGCCUGUGGCGCCUUGGUUGGCAAUCCCUCGGAGGUGGCCCUGAUCCGCAUGAUGGCCGACAAUCGCCUGCCAGAGAGUCAGAGGCGCAACUAUAAGAAUGCCGCCGAUGCCAUGGUCAGGAUUGUUAGGGAGGAGGGCCUCUUUACGCUCUGGCGCGGCUGUCUGCCGACUGCGGGUCGUGCCAUGGUCACGAACAUGGCUCAGCUGGCCUCCUAUUCCCAGUUCAAGGGUGCAUUCCGUCAGUAUAUAGAUGAGGGACUUCUUCUGCACAUCUGCGCCAGCGUUUGCUCCGGCCUGUUGACCACAGUGGCGUCCAUGCCGUUGGACAUGGCCAAGACGCGCAUCCAGCAGAUGAAGGUGAUCGAUGGCAAGCCCGAAUAUAGCGGUGCCAUCGAUGUCAUCCUUAAGGUGACCAGAAACGAAGGAUUCUUCUCCCUCUGGAAGGGAUUUACGCCUUAUCUGGCUCGUAUUGCCCCCCACACUGUCUUCGCCUUUGUCUUCCUGGAGCAGCUCAACAACGCUUACUACAAGUACAUUCUCGGCGAGGAGAACAGAGGAUCGGGACUGUAAGCAGUUAUCUAAAUCACCUGGAGAUCAACUAAAGGUCUGCCGAAAUCCAUCUGCAGUCAAGUUAAACCUAAGUGAAUUCGGUUUCUUAAUGCCAUUUCAUUAUUUGUGCUGUAUUCGAAAAAUAAACAUAGCUUCGAAUAUUCUAUCACAAA